AUGAACAUCGCGCGGAGCUCACCGCAGCUUCCUGCCCGUGCAGAAUCUGAGGAACCUCCCGCUGAGGAGCUGCCACUGCCAGAAGGUUUCACGCCGCUGGUGGGAAUAAAGUUUUGCCCGCCAGGUGGUAUAUACUUGCUGCUUUUCUUCUGGUUCUUGGACAAUGCCACAGACUUGUUCCAGGUUGUAACGUUCGUACGCCACGGGGACAGCGGAUUUGCGAUUUUUGUCGCAUUUUUUGUGACAGCCAGCGUUUUUGUUGUUGCCUUCGUGAUCGUGAUGUCGGAAAGCGAUUCCAUACACAACAGAGGCGGACCGAUCCUUUGCAAGGUUUUGCUUUCGCCUUUUAAUGCGGCCGUGGCCAGCAUAGAGUCCGGGAAGGCCAGCAUGACGUGGGGAUGGAUUAUGCGGGCGGAGCAGCAGAUUGAAGCGCCAGGCACCGGUCUGGUGGCUCCAUACGGCAUGGUUUUGGUUAGCAAGCUGAGUCUGUUUCAAGCACUGGCGGCUUCUUACGGCUUGUACAGCUCUUGCAAGGCCAUCGCGGCUGGACGCAUGGAGAAUUUGUCAGCAGAGAGCCCCGUUGAGUUCAAUGCUGUGCGCCCGAAGCUCUUUGCUGCUAUCCAAUUGUGGCUCUUGUUGGCAAGCCUCGGAGAGCUAGCCCUGUUUGCUGUUGUCGGCCGCGUACUACAUCCUUCCGUCCCUAUAGCAAUGUAUCUUUUUGCUGCCGCCAUCAACAUACACGCCGAAGAAGUUAAGAAAUCAGACGUCUGCUGCCAGUCUGUGUUUAUGGUGGCCGAAAGCAUGUUCGGACUGCAUAAUAACCCGACUGGCCUGAAAGCGGUGAGCAAGGACGUGAGGACUGGCCCAGGAUGGCCUGCGGCUUCAUUCUUACUGGUGCGGUUGGUGGUCUUGGUGUGCCUUUGCUUAUUUCCCGACUUGCCAAAUGGCAUGUUGCCCAUUGCCUCCUUGGGGCGUCCCAUGGGCAGUCCAGUUCUGGAGGAAGAAUUCUUGUUGCCACUGCGCGUCGCCUGCAAUGUUGCUUGGAAUUGCAGUGCUUCAGUCCUUGCGCACCAGUUUGAGAAUUGCACUUUCGAUGGUGUGGCCGAGAAGAGCGCUGGGUCAACUGCCUUCAAUGCUUUUGUUGUAGCUGCUGCCGUGGUUUGCGUACCAUUGCAAGUCCUGAUCACGCUGGGCCAGCUAUGCCUCAACAGCCACUAUCGAUUGGGCACAAGCAAUCAAGAGCUGUACGACGAGGUGCAGCGCAAGAAAGCUGAGAUUGAAGCCUGGAGUGAGAGGCAUUUGGAUAUUCUGUACCCUGAAAGAGUAAGGCAACGCUUGAUGCAGCGUGACGGCUUUUACCUCGGUUUCGAGUGA